CGCUUCGUUCUCCCCUUCGCAUUGCAAAUGUGAGAUCGCCGAAUGAGGGUUAGGGUUAAAAGCUUCUACCAAAAGCUUGGACAUCGAACCUCGAAUGUCUCAUAGACCCACCUCAGGUGACGACGGGACAAGCUGCUUUUCAAGGCCAACCUCUAGGUAGCUACCUAGAUUACCUAGAGUACCUACCUAGCUGACAGGCCCAAUGAUGGGGUAUCUUGCUAGAGCACGAGCUGCGCCAUAUCUGUGCCGGGGCUGCACGCGUCGCGCCCAGAGGCAACUGCUCCGCUCAUACUCGACGACCGCAAACCCCGACAUCUACGAUGUGGUCUGCGUCGGUGGUGGCCCGGCCGGCCUGAGUCUUGUCACGGCUCUGCGCUCGAACCCUGUCACAGCCGGCCUGCGGGUUGCACUAGUGGAAGCCCAGGACCUCUCCAAGAUCAAGUCCUGGAAGCUGCCGCGCGACCGGUUCUCGAACCGCUGCAGCUCCCUCACGCCGUCGUCGGCGCUCUUCCUCGACCGGAUCGGCGCGUGGCGGCAUCUGGACCGGGACCGCAUCCAGCCGUAUCACGAGAUGCAGGUCUGGGACGGGGUUAGCGACGCGAGGAUUGAGUUCGAAUGGGAACAGGCCGACGCCGCGUCUUCGGGGGGCACCAUCGCGUACAUGACGGAGAACCUGAACCUGACCUCGGGGCUGCUGAGGCGGCUGGAGGAGCUUGGAGAUGUUGCGACCUUUGACAACGCGAGGGUGGAAAGCAUAUCCUUUGGGGAGGAGGCAGGGGCGAUGGACCUGAGGGAGUGGCCUGUCGUCAACCUCUCUGGCGACAAGAAACUCUGGGCGCGGCUACUUGUCGGCGCGGACGGCGCGAAUAGCCCCGUGCGGACUUUCGCAGACAUCGAGGCUAGGGGGUGGGACUAUGGGAGGCACGGGGUGGUCGCUACGCUGGAGCUCGAGGGGAACGGCUGGGGCGGCGACCAGAUGAAGAUCGCAUAUCAGCGAUUCCUCCCUACAGGACCUGUUGCGAUGCUGCCUAUGCCCGGAAACUACUCGACCCUGGUCUGGUCCACCACUCCCGCCAACGCGUCUCUGCUCAAGAGCCUGUCGGCAAAGGACUUCAUCGCGACGGUCAACGCCGCCUUCCGGCUGACCCCUGUCGAUCUGGAAUUUCUACACAGCCAGAGCUCAGGCCAGGCCGAUGAAGUCGCCUGGCGCCUGCAACACAAAGCAGUCAAUCCAGAGACCGUACCGCAAACAGUGAUUGGGGUGCAAGAAGGCACCGUUGCUUCGUUCCCCCUGAAAAUGAGGCACGCAGACACCUACAUCGGGGAGCGUGUCGCCCUCAUCGGAGAUGCCGCCCACACGAUACACCCCCUGGGUGGUCAGGGCCUCAACCAGGGCCAGGGCGACGUGCAGAGCCUGGCGAAGACCAUCGAGUUUGCUGUCAGCCACGGGCAGGAUCUCGGCACUCGGAUGUCGUUGGAGCCGUACGCAUCAGAGCGAUAUGCGGCGAAUCAUGUGCUGCUGGGGGUCUGUGAUAAGCUUCAUAAGCUGUACUCGGUGGGAAGUGGACCGUUGGUGCCACUGAGGUCUCUGGGCCUGAAUGCGGUGAAUUCCCUGGGACCGCUGAAGGGCUUCUUCAUGAAGCAAGCUGCUGGGCAUGGUAUCAAGGUCUUUUGAGCUAUCUAGAUAUAUCUUUUGCCAUAAGGGGCCGGCCGGAGUUGUUACAGUGCUGUAUGUACGAUACCGGGGAGUCUAUGGCAGGAGAUAUCUGUCAGAAUUAUAGAAAUCUUCAGUUUGACACCCGGGCUGGAAGAGAAGGUUGGGUUAUACCAUGCUCUGUGUUUUGAGCUAUGAAAUACCUAAUUAUUCUUGUAGCCGUGGUUACACGCUAACGCGUUUUCCUGGCUGGACGUACAUACAUACAUACAUACAUACAUAGAACGAAGCGUAAAUGCACGGACCUCUGCUGCGC